GAUGAGUGAGCCCCGGCGCCACUGCAGCCCGUAGAAGGUCGUGCGCGAUUCGCUAUACAGCAGUGCCCCUCGGUGACAGUGCUUUUUCGCCGUUCAACGAUUCGAUGAUUCGCCGCCUGACGCUGCCUGCUCGCCACAGCUGAACGGAUACACACACAAUUCGCCAGUCAUGUUGUUCACCCAACACCUAUUUAUUAUCAUUGCCGUGGGCGUUGCCCUCAUCACAUGCUGCCAGUCGUCUACUACUGCUGAAACGGAAGAGAGCUUACGGAAAGCACAGAAAAAUGAAAGGCAACCAGCUUCCAGAGUAGAGCGCUCAGCGGAUCCCUACAGCGACGACGAACCUCCACCGGCCGCCACCGAGCCGAGGAAGAACAGUGAGUUAAAAUCACGGGUCAAGCGCACGCGCGUAUUACCCUAUCGGUUGGUGCGACAGGCGUCACCCGCCAUUCCCGUCGGAUUCCCCCAGUACCAGACUCAAACGGGUACCUACCAGCAGUCCUGGUACACGGACUCAUCGGGAAGGGUCAUUACUAGCCAUCAAGUGACCGAUCGUCGACUUCAACCAUCGGGACCAGCGAUCUCAUGGGUCUCCGGAAGCCCCCUGCCUCCGGGAGCUCCGGUUCCACCGGGUUUACACGAAGCGAUAAUGAAGCUUCUAGCUGGCGCAGUGCAGCCAGUGAACCCGACGGCACCCGGACCCCAAGUAAUCCCGGUCGGAGGCAAUGGACGAGUGGGCCAGCCAGGAGCGCCCACACAGCAGCCGUACGGAGUGGUUGGCGGUGCUCACUCCAUCAUUCCGGGGGUCCUUGGGAUCUCCGACGGUGUGGCUACCGUACAAGACGAGGCCGAACAGGAGAUCAACAGGCCGGAAAGAUCCCAAAAACCCGGCCAGGGUGCGCAGGACGUGAGGCCUGGUGCACAACCGAAGCUUGUGCUUUCGUUCAAGAAGGGACUGCACCCUGAGGAGGAAGACGAAGAAGAUGUGAAGGAUGAGAAGGAGGAAAGGUUACCCAGAAUGCCGCCAUGGCAAGGUGGAGGCGUCAUUCCUCCUGGCCACGGUGGGGUCCCACCUGGCCACGCAAAAAGGGGACAUGGUAAAGGAAGAAAAGGAGGAGGUGGGCCCCACGGUGGGCCCCAUGGUGGUCCUCACGGUGGACCUCAUGGUGGACCUCACGGCGGUCCUCCCGGUGGACCUCAUGGUGGUCCUCAUGGUCGUCCUCAUGGUGGUCCGCACGGUGGUCCUCCUGGAGGUGAGGAUUGGGACUACUAUGACGCCCACGAAGGUCGUGGAGGACGUGGUCCUCCACGUGGUGGUUAUCCCGACCCAGGUCCUGGAGACUACGGUCCUGAAGGCCGCCCACCACCGCCGAAACCUCACCACAGGCCACCUCCCGAAGAAAGACCACCACAACGGCCUCCGCCACCAGAAGAUCAGUACCAAAAUCCACCACCGCAACAGCGGCCGCCGCCGGUACAGAGGCCCCCGCCGCCUCUUCCGUACGACCCGAACGAACCAGAGGAACAACCCGAGGACGUUUCCGCAGGCGGAGGAUCAUCGCAGAGCCCAAACUUACGAGAUUUGCAGCCACUGUGCGGAGUCCGGAGCCUCGCGUUUGCGGAAGACAAGACGAGCGACUACCAGACGGUGCCUUUCAUCGUGGGCGGCAACGUGACGUCACACCGUAGCUGGCCAUGGAUGGCAAAACUUGAAGUUCUGAAUCCCGACGAAAUAACAUACAAAUUCCUCUGUGGUGGCAGUCUCAUCAGCGCCCGAUACAUGAUCACCGCUGCGCAUUGCUUCAGUCCCAUACCAGAGCGCGCGCAGAACUACCGCGUGGUGUUCUUCUCCCCACGGCCGGGAUUCACUCUGGAGCGCAUCGUGGAGAAGAUCAUCAUCCACGAGAAGUACAACAGCUACUCGCACUACUACGACAUCGCGGCGGUACGCUUCAACCGCGACCUGCUGCGGCCCUUCAUGCCCAUCUGCCUGCCCACCCCGUCAUUCACCAGUCGAGCCCUGGCUGACCAAGAAGCGUACGUCAUCGGAUGGGGUUCCACAAAAUUCGGUGGGCCCAGCAGCAAGGAACUUCGGGAGGUGUCGCUGCCCAUAUGGUCGAACUCGGAGUGCAAGAAGGUCUACGACCCUCUCAACUCGCAGCACAUCGACCGAGGCAUCACGCCGCAACAGCUCUGCGCUGGCCGCAAGGAAGGCGGCGUCGACGCAUGCCAGGGCGAUUCCGGCGGACCCCUCAUGGUGCUGGACAGCAACAAAAGGUGGACCCUGGUGGGCAUCGUCUCGUUCGGCCACUCGUGCGCAAGUCCAAACUUCCCAGGAGUGUACACGCGAACGGACUCCUACCUCGACUGGAUAAGACAGAACGUCAACUUCACAGCGUGACCUACCGCUGUCAUCGAAUGUUAGGAUCUUGAUAAUUUGUUUCUUCAGAAAAACUUUUGCAUCGAAGUGGAUGCUCCCUCACUCUUACUUUUCUUUUGACGCCGAGAACUCUGCGCUGGUCGCACAAGGACUUGUGGACAGUCAAAGCGGGAUGUGGUAAAUGGACACGAAAUUCUCCGAUGAAGCUGCCGUACGUUCGCACUCUCUUUCAAAGCUAUCAGACAUAUACCAUAAAGAGCGAAAGUUUGGACCAGUUUUGGUGAGAUGGCGGUAAAGCGUUCCUGCUUUUCCAGCACAGGUACACUAUAAGCACUCAAAAAUAUCUAGCCUUUCGAUUCAUCUUCCCAAUAGACCUUUAUGACCAGUCUACUCUGACAUUUCAUAUAAUCAUAUACUUAAGCCCCGCCGUUGUUAAAAGAAACCACGGUUAAUUUUACUUUGGCAAUUGUUUUCUGAGUCAAAUCGCCAACAAAAUACUGCAGGUUCACCAGUACUGUAGGUUCCAGUGGGACCAUGUAGUUGCAAUCUCUACUACUUCGGAGUUACUUAUGUAUAGGGCGGACUGUUUUCCCAGAAGUGACGAGGUGAUUUAAAAUGUAAAACAUCUCGUUCAGAGUUUGAUUGAUAUGUGGGGUGUAACAUCCCCAAACCAUCAUAUGAAUAUGAGAGGCGCUCUGGCUCAGAGUUUCAUAUGCUCAAUGAAAACAAAGGGUUUUUUUAUUGAGUGAUACAUCUGUGUUCGCCAGAUAUAUGUGAUCCAAUAACUGUAUAUGUAUAGCAGUGCUGUGCAUCUGGUCUGGUUGUAGCGUAUGAUUCGGGUGCUCCUGGAAGUUUGAAAUUUUUCAGCUUCAAGGAGCUGUACUGUACUUACAGUAUGAAUUCAUGUGAGUGAGAUAUAACACGAAAUGACAAGCAUUUCUUAUUGUUUUUUAGUUUACGAAAUCAUGCUUAGAACAAGUGUCGUGGGGUAUAGAAGAGUGCUCAAGAUCUUGUGAAUUUCAGCACAUAUACAAAAGAAAGACGCGUAAAUAUGACGGGUGUUUCUUUUUGUGUGUUCGUUCCGUUGCGCUUGCUAAGAUGCAGAGAGACAGAGAUAAAUAGAGAAGAAAGGCAGGGAGGUUAACCAAGCUUGGCUCGGUUGGCUACCCUACACUUGGGGUGGGGGAAAGGUAGAAUAAUAGAAAGGAAAGAGAUAGAAAAGGAGUAAGGAAGAGAAGGAUGAAUAGUCAGCUCGAGACUACACAGCGCUGUCUCACACUGUUCUUUCACAAGUGGUGUGAAUUAUGGUGGUCCUUAAGAAGUACAACAGGGCUUUCGUGGCUCUGCACGUAUGGUAAACCGUCAGCCAAGGUCCCAGGAUUUGCUCUUUUGUAAGCGGCCGUGAAUCCAGCUGGACAGAGCUUGGCUUCCAUAAUACGCCAGUUCAGACUUGUAUGCUGGGCAAUGGCAUAGGAUGUGCUCGAGCGUUUCCUCGCAGGCGCAGAUGUUGUAUGCCGAACUGCUCGCCAUUUCAAAGAGACGAGAGUACGCAUUCGUAAAUGCCACGCUCAACCUCAUGCGACACAGUUAAGUUUCAGCGCACCGUGGGAGCCCGGAUGGCAAACAAAGUUGCAAGUUUGGGUUGAUCGAAUACAGGUGCGUGUCGGAAAAACCCGGCGUAUUCCAUUGUAGGAGAGUGAUACAAUGAGCAAGUGAUUGUAGUAGCCUUGCAGCGUCCGUUCUCAAGAGUGGUAUGGGCGUACGCAGGCGUUGGUCAUGAACCGAUCGAGCAGUUUUAUCCGCGCGGCCAUUGCCGACAAUUCGCAAUGACUCGGCAACCACUGAAAUACAAUAUCAUGACCUUCCUUGAGCGCUUUGUGGUAGUCGUGCCUUAUCUGAUAUACUGAUUGUUCGUGUAAUCCGUGCUGCAUAGCAAACCGUAGUGUCUGUAAGGCUGACCUCGAGUCGCAAAAGAUGGCCCAUUGGUUAGGUUGCUGCCGAAGAAUGUAAUUCACUGCACCUUGAAGCGCUGCGAGCUCUGCUGCGGUCGACGUCGUGGUGUGAGAGAACUUGUAUCGAAGCAAGACAUUAUCACAUGGAACAACCACUGCUCCUGUAGAGCUGUUGGAAUUAGUGGAGCCAUCGGUGUAAACAUGUAUGCGGUCGAAGUACCUUUUGUCGAACAGUCGCAAAGUCAAUUGCUUCAGGGCUAACGGUGAUAUGCGUGCCUUCUUAACGUUUUCAGGAACUGAUAAGCCCACGUCAGGUUGACGGAGACUCCAUGAUGCAGCUGCUGGAUGCAUCGCAAGUUUGAAGCUAGGCGGUAAUAUGUCCUGAUGUUUUGUCACAGUACCGCAGAACGAAGAAUGGGCCCUCUACGCCGUGAAACACGCUUAAUGAUGUGAUGGUAGCCGUGAUAAAUGCCGAAUGUGCGCUCUUAUCGUCUCGACAAUGAUAUGCGUUGUGACCGGCUGUUCUUUUGCGAUAGCAAUAGUUGCCGCUGUCGAUGAGCAUCUUGGAAGGUCAAGACAUGUCUGAAGUGCUUGGGCUUGUACGCUCUGUAGUGUACAGAUGUUAGUCUCGCACGUGUUCGACAGUACAGGAAGGCUGUACCGGAAAAUUCCGAGAAAGAGGGCAGUAUAAAGCUGCAACAUGGAGUGCACGGAUGGGCCCCAUGAUUUUCCGGCGACGAAAUUAAGUACACCCUCCAUGCCAAUGAGAUGCAUGCGUUGUACACUCGCCAACUAGCCCAAAUUUCCGCGGUGAAUACUCAAGAUCGUUCUCAUUUCUAACAGCUUCAUCUACAGCUGCGCUUUGAACACGUAACAAAACUCUCAUCAACAGGAUGUAGAGCUUUGAGGUUAAAUUCAUUGAAACAAUAAUUUUAUUACUCUAUUGAAUUUGAGAUCUUUGAAUUAAGCAACAGCGAAUAAAUGGGCAUUUCACAUUUUAUAAUAAUUAACAUGCCUUCCGUUUAUUGUACAUACACUGUUGGUUUCAUACACAAAAAUAAACUUUGCCUCAAGGUGUAAACGACGUUGAUUUUCGGUAAUAGAAGCAGCCCGGUGAGCCAGGCAUUUCUUCCAUGUGAUAGUGUUAAUAAAACAACAUUGACGAUGUCAACUUUUCAUCGCUUUAAUUAUGUAGUUACGCUUCUUGGCUGAUGUGUCUCGUCUACUGUGUCUUUACUGCGUCGUUGAUAUGUCGCUUGAUGUGUUUUGUAUUUUAUGUUCUUUUUGUCGACAGUACUAAGACAGUUUUGAGUUGUUCUGUGAUGUGAUUCUUCGCUGUUGUGCGUGUUCCUGUAAAUGAUAUUUAGAGUGUUAUGUGUUCUAUUUAAUAUUACUUUUGACGCCCUUUACGUGUUUUGUAUGGCAUAUUUUACUGCUCCUGUUUUAGUAAGCACAAAAUCUGAAAACCUUCAUGUUAUGCAAUAUAAUGCGGGUAUGUCGCCUUUUAGCACAGUCAGAUCGGCUACAGCUGGCGGAAACUCGCGAAGAAUGAACUGGUGAGAUCACGAAACACUGUAAUACUUCGGCUGUUUUGAAAUUGUGAUCUUUUAUGCCGUGAAAAAAAAAAACUUAUUCUGUUGCUUGAACCAAGUCGCUUACGCAACAGUGGUACUAAAUCACUUCAUAUGCAAUAAAAAGAACAGCAAUUGGUAAAGAAACCUUUCUUAGCAAAAUCUCCAAGGAGAUGGAUUGUACUUACUUCUACGUUGAAUAAACAUUUCACCGAGUGCCA